CACCAUGAACUCCUUAUCACCUGGACUCUCUCGAGUCGCGCAGUCUGUUACACGGUCCAUUACCAUACCACAGAGCUCUCGAAUUCUGUACCAAACCCGAGCCUCUUGUGCUUCCCAUUCUAUACUUCAGGGGCUUGGGCGCGCUCCAACGCAACAUUCAUUACUUCCACCGAUCUACCAACGUCAGAUUCGAACGAAGCAUACCACUGGAUGGACUCGCCAGUCUAUGCAAUACAAUCUAGAUCGCGAGAUACAGAAAAAAAUUUCCGAGUAUAUGAGCCUCGAAAGAGAAAGUCACCAAAUAAUAAAUUACCCUGAUGAGGCAAACCUUCGUGUGCUAUGCUAUGGGCUGGUUUUCUUUUCAGUCAUCGGCAUCAUAGGACGAUUAUUAGGUCUUCUGUCAGAUGACUCGGAUUCGGAAUCUUCAAAAAAGGAAGACAUUCCUUUGCCUGGUUUUCUCGGGAAAAGUGUACUGGAAGCGACCGAUGCCGUGACGAAAAACUUGGCAAAAGAGAAAGAAAUCAGAGGGGCUCGUCGAUAUAGAGUCGCCAGAAGUAAAACGUCCAAGCCAAGUCCAAAGAGGUCUGCAGCGAAGGUCACUUCUUUAUCUAGGGACAGUCGAUCUUGGGUACCUGAGCUCGAGACGUUGAUGUUCUUUUACCCUGGAGUGUUAUGA